AUGAAUUCUAAUAUUGCAGGAUUGUGCAGUGGUGUAGAUCUCAUAGACUGGAUUGGUAGUUGGUUUACAAUCAAUGAUAGCUUGGCAGCUGUUAACAAAGAACUGGUGGAUUUUGCAUCCUUCACUCUUUGGCAAAUCUGGAAACUGCGUUGUGCAGUAGUAUUUGAUAAUGCACAAGUUAACAUUCCGAAUAUAGUAUGCAUGAUUAAUCAUAACAUGAAUGAAUGGGUUGUAAGUAACAGUAACCGGUCCUCUAUUUCCCAACAGGGAGGGGCUCAUAUGAGGGUUCAUAUUCCUUGGACAAGACCAUCUGAAAAUUUUAUUAAAGUUAAUUUUGAUGCGUCUUAUUCGAAAGACUCUAAUCUUAUGGGAACGGGACUAAUAGUAGUUGAUGAUGCAGGGAAGUGGAGAACAACAGGAUGCAUUCCGGCAGUAGCUCAGGAUGUAGAAAAGGCUGAGGCGCAAGUUGCUUUGUAA